AUGGUGUCUUGUGUCAUUCAGAUUCCUGACUUAGUUGGGAGAGAGUGGACCUGGAAACUGAAUCACACAAUACUGGAUACGCAAGCGCAUACAGAGACCAUCACGAAGAAAUUACAAACUUACUUUGAACUUAAUGUGAAUUCUGUUACUUCCCCAGCUAUCUCUUGGGAGGCGCAUAAGGCGGUGAUUCGAGGGGAAUUCAUUGCAUUGGGCUCUUAUAUCAAGAAAGAAAGGGCAAAACGCAUCACUGAACUCCUGACCCGCAUAUCCCAACUAGAAAGAAUACACAAAAAGUCCUUGGCAGAGCGAGAAUUAGAACAACUUGUGUCACUACGGCAGGAAUUGAAGUCGGUACUAAAUGUUAAGGUAGCUAAGGCUUACAUGCGGGUCAAACACAAACACUAUAUACAUGGAAAUAGAGGCGGUAAGGUAAUGACUGCACUGAUUAAAAAGAGGACAGAGCAGUCGUAUAUUAAGCAGAUGAUGACUCAAGAUGGUAGUCUCUCCACUGACGCUAAAGUCGUGUCACAAGUGUUUACCACGUACUAUCAUGAUCUGUAUAAUAUACAGAAAAAUGAUACUGAAGAAGUGCAGAACGACCGUCGGGAAAAAACGACCGCAUACUUGCAGUCUCUCAGCCUGCCAGUCUUAUCAGACGCCGGCAGAGAGGCGCUAGUGGCUCCAGUGACUUUAGAUGAGGUUAAGAAAGUCUUAAAAUCGACCCCUACAGACUUCCCUCAACCCAAGAAAAGCAGCAUCAUCUCAAGCUUUAGGAGAUUCAGUGCGGUAGAACAAACAACCACAGGUGCUGUUCUCCCCGUUGCCAAACAUAGGCCUAGUGUGACUAUUAACACAGAGGACUUGCCUCGUUAUCAACGAUCUGCCAAGCUGGAGACACCUGUAAGGGAAUCCGUUUCUAAGUGGCAUCCAAAACAUGCCCUAAGUGUUCCAAAUAUCCCAAUGCGAAGUAAAACCCCAACCCGGAGUGUUGUCUCUGCUCCAGUUACCACAAAAUCCAACAGAGCUCGAUGUAAGCUCAUGUACGAUGACCGUCAGCUCUUCAAUCUAACUAAUCGACAGACACGUCAGAGAUAUGUCACUAAGGAUGGCAAGUGUAGGGUCAACCUUGGACGCAUUCACGAGAAGAAGAGGUUUUUGUCAGACAUUUUCACCACUGUUGUGGAUCUAAAGUAUCGUUGGUUCAUAUUUGUAUUUAUGCUGUGUUAUCUUGUCACCUGGGUUGGAUUUGGAGUUAUUUAUUUUGUGGACGCCUUGAUCAGAGAUGACGUAAAUCACGUUGGGGAUCCUGAGUGGAAGCCUUGCAUUGACAAUGUUGACUCCUUCCUUUCGGCCUUACUCUUCUCUGUGGAAAGCCAACGGACAAUUGGCUAUGGCACCAGGAUGGUAACUGCAUAUUGCCCAGAGGGUAUAAUUUUGCUUAUGGCUCAGUCAAUAAUAGGUUCAGUGAUUGAUGCCCUCAUGGUAGGCUGCAUGUUCGUUAAAAUUUCUCGCCCUAAAAAGAGAGCCGAGACGCUAAUUUUCAGUAAGAAAUGUGUGGUGUCCCAUAGAGAUGAAAAGCUUUGCUUGAUGUUCAGAAUUGGAGAUCUACGAGACAGCCACAUGGUUGAUGCCAAAAUAAGAGCUAAACUCAUCAAAUCUCGACAGACAAAAGAAGGGGAGUUUAUUCCACUGGAGCAGUCGGAAAUCAACCUUGGUUAUGAUACUGGAGAGGACCGACUUUUCCUGGUUGAACCUCAGAUAAUCUGUCAUUUUAUCAAUGAUCACAGUCCAUUCUGGGAGAUGUCUGCAGAAGCACUGAAGCGGGAGGAGUUUGAAAUUAUUGUAAUACUUGAAGGCAUUGUUGAAGCCACAGGUAUGACAUGUCAAGCCAAGACUUCUUACACGGAAGAUGAGAUUCUGUGGGGUCACAGGUUCGAGCCUUGCAUGACCCUGGAGAAAGGAGCAUUCCGUGUUGACUACAGCCAUUUUGAUAAGACAUUUGAUGUCCAAACGCCAUGGGCAAGUGCUAAGGAGAUGCAUGAACUCAAGGAGAAUGAACAGAAUGACAGGUCUACUCUCAGCCUCUGCUGGGACAAUAUGUUUCAGACCGGUAUCCCAGAGGAUCCAAAUAUGGAAUCUGCGGAUGGUUCACAGGAGAACCACAACAGAAUGGACUUUCCCAGCAUUGCUGAAGGAAGCCGAGAGUGUGACAGCAAUGAUCUUCAUGUUUGA